UCAGAUUCCAAGAGCAGGUGCGAACUGUCUGUUUCGAUUGCUAGUACUUCCACCUUGAGUUCCUCGCCAUCCCAUCUACAACGCAGCAUUGAAUGAGAAGUUCAUUCUCACCCCUUUCUCUUUAAGUGCUCAUCUUUUACCUAUUGUCUUUACAUUAGAACAGCUACUACACGACAGGAAACAGUCUUCACCUUCGAAUCUUCGAUUUCUUUUGUCCCUUACAUACAUCGCUCAUAUACGACUGCGUUCCCCUUUGGGCUCUCAUGAGCUUUCCUCGCAAGACCCCUCUAUCGACAAGCAUUCGCGGUCGAGCAGAACCUUACACCCGGGAUCGUUGGUCACAGUACAGGUCAUCGCAGGACAAUGACAAAAGCGCCUCAAUUCUAUCAGGGUUACCGAGACCCAGAGGUAGCGAUACCAGUGGUCAAGUUGACCAAGAUACUAAGCAAGCUGGACCAGGAAGGCGAGACAGCACAAUUGCCCAGCCACAACCUCGUGUCCCAAGUUUCAACAGUUCUCGGGACAGUUCUAACACUAGGAGGAAUCCUUUCAUGCGGCGUAGGCAGUCGGGCAUAUCGCGUCGAGCGACCGGAGAAGUCGACGCUGACCGUUCGAAUGAUCGACGGCGUGACUCGAAAGCUAUGCCGGAAACUAUAGCUGAUCAGUCUUCGAGACCUACUACUUUAGAUCCCUCUGAUCUCCUCUUACUCCCUCAACCUGAUGACAAGGCCAAAUCCAUUCAGGGUCUGGAGCCUAGGCUGUCGAAUGUUCCAUCAGAUGCGUCCUACAACACUGUCCGUCGUCCUUCGGAUUCCUCACCACCUUAUGAGAAGCUUCCAUCGUCAAGCAGUGACGUAAAGCCGUUAACAUGGAAGAGUUUUGACAAAGGCAUCGACAUUGACUCACGAGGCGCCUACGGACGUCGUGGAAGCAAGCAUUUUGGAUUCCCCGGAGCCAAGGCAGAGAAACCGGCUGUGCCGAAUCUGCCACUUCCAACAGUCAAACGUGCUUGUGGUCACUAUGAAAUUGUAGAUGUUGAUGAAGCUCGCCGACAAGCUAGGCAUUUCAGGCUCUACGGCGAAUAUCCUCGGGGCUCGAGCUUGCUGCAUGAGCGCGGUGUUAAGGGUGGUUUCCAUCCAGUUGGAAUCAAGAAUCGGCACAAUCUCGAAGCUACAUCACCCUGGGUUGUCGGUAUCGGAGGUGGGAGCGAUCUAGAAGGCAUGGACCUCUGUAAGAACUGCAAGAUAAAGCUUAGACGGGAAGAUGCAGAAGCACAAGCCAAACUUCGGAGGUCACAAACUGAAGAUGGCAAAAUCAAGGAGGGUCAAGCUGCUCGAACCGCUCAGUCACCUACGCAUGACGAUGAUACAACGCAGAGUCCCAAAAGAUACGGUAGCGCAUUCGUCAGAGGUACUGACACGCCAAAAGAUGAUCCAAAAGUAGAUCUUAACGCACCAUCCUUGACUGCCAAGCUUGACAAUCUCGCUUCUCCUGAAGCUGAUAACAACAGUUUCCCACGGGUUCAACCUUUUAAUGCCACACGAUCCGAUUCUGAUAUCCAGGAAAACGAUACUGGCUGGCGGCGCCAUCGGGAGCGCUCUGAUACUGAUGACUCGGAUCAUGGUUUCAACCCCGAGCCAACUCGUGUUAACACCGACGCUCAGAUGAUAGCUAAGAGGGGCUUCCUACCUUACAAAGUUCUUGAAGGCGAUCGCACUGUAAAGGCACGAGCAGAGUCGUGGGAUGCAAAAAUUGACGACGAGGACAUACGGCCAUUACUUCGAGAAGCUUCACAAUUUGAGCCUCUCAACGAUCUUCGUUUCUUUGAGAAGACUAGCACACCCUCAGCAGUGGGGAGCCCGGCAGCAGCAGAAGUUUUCGGUGAUGUCCAUCAAGAACUGAAUGGACCAAGUAUAUCUAUUGCUAACGAUAUGGGCCGUCUCUUCGAUCGCAUCUUGCUUGAACACCGUCAUAUGCUUGGAUCUGUUGUCGAGAACCUAAAGUCCAGCGACAGUCGUCUGUCUUUGGGCAGUCGUCUCGCUCAGGAGCUUUCGACUGCACGAGCUGACAUCUUGACGAAUACUUGGCAUGUCCAUCUACCCCCGCAGCGUUAUGAUGAAGACCUGGUCGGUUCAGCAGAGCACGAGGAUCGUCAAGCAGCGCGGGCCCUCAAUGAUUACACGCAGAGCUCUAUUACAGACAUACUGAGAAUCAUCGACUCUGCUGCAAGUGAUCUAGGCGUCGACCUCCACAAUGCGUCCCCGGUGUUAAAGGCUCACCAGCAUGCUCCACCUCUAUCUUCUGCCGAUGGAGCUGGCGAUAUGAUGUCAUUCGUUGAUGGUCCUAGUGAGACGAUAUCGUCCCUCGACGGAUCUAGCGAUGGUGUUCGAUCUCGUUUAGACUCCGCUGAUCUUGCCACUGGUGACAAGACUAAAUUACGCAGCUUUUGGGAGCAAUGGUCCACUGGAGAUCCGAAUGGAGGUAUACAUCUAAUGACCUCCGUGCCACAAGUGUCGAAGAAAAAUGGCAAGGAAGAACGGACACCAACGCAGUUUGAGUCGUUUCCUGCCAUUCUAUCAGAUUCUAUCCACAUCCCAACAGUGCUGUCACCAAUCCUUUCCGCAGCUGAGAUCUCGCGUCCCGGAAGUGUUACUCCAAAACCUUUCGAAUCGGCAGAAGUCACUUCUCAGGCCAUAUCCGUAGGGGGUAUCGGAGACUUGUUCAAUGCGAUUCAAGAGACGGGUUCGCAGAUAGUACAUGCAGUUGUUGACGCGGAAGAACGCGCAGUCGACUAUCGAAAAGCGUCCUUGCCGCCGACAGAGGCCAGAAUCGGUAACGAUGUAGAACCUGGCAAUCGGCCAUCAUCAACGCCUGUCGUGAACGAGUCUCUCGAUUCUAUGUCGAUCAUUGAUCCAGACAAGGCUUCUGUCGGAACUAUCCAUGUCCCGCUCCCACAUACAAUACGUCCAGUUGCUCAUCGCUAUGACGACACAUUUGCUGUGAAAACCGUGCGAGAUGUCGCAGAGAAUACUCCAACCCCACCGCAUACCCCAAUACAGCCGCGUAUCGAGAACGUUGUCCCUAUGUCUCCUCCAUCACCUGUUCACGCACACCGCUAUGGCAAUUCCGGCGCCGGAAAUGCAUACUCCAAGAGCGCAUCUCAACCCAUUACUACUCCACUCCUUACCCCUAAAGCAGCAAAGGCUGUAGAUCCUUUUCUUUAUCGCUCCGAUUCCGUUCGAGGCGUGUUCUCAAGUCGACAGCUGUCCCGCAGUGAACUGAGCCUUCUCGAUAUACACAUUCCACGCUCGCCCAAACGGCCCAGAAGUGAAGACGUGUCGGAUCUCAGCAGAGUUAGUAAGACCGAAGGUCAACAGACUCGCCGCGCUUCGGUCAAUGUGCCGUAUUCGAUGUUCAUGAAGCAGCCGGCUGGGCUUGACACCCCUGGCCCAGAUAUGUCGACACCACCUCCGACAACAUGGGAUCAAGAGAGAAGAUCCCUUGGGGGAACAAUCGAUAAUACGGGAACGUCGAGUUCAGGCCUGAACUCUAAUGAAUUUACCAUGAACACUCCGUCAAACCCUAGUAACAACUUCACCGACGCCGCGAGGUAUCAAAUACCUCCUCCAAUUCCUGCACCCCCAGUUACCGAACGUGGAGUUGAAACCAAGUCUCGUCCUCAAGGCUUCCUCGCCCCAUCUGUCCGCCGCCAAAGCACUAUGAAAGACAACAUCAACACAAUGUACACACAACCGGCCCAGUCCAUUCCUACCCCAGCGAGACGCAGGAGCUCCGGUACCUCCGCCCAACCUCCAACAGCACCUAGUCGUACCCCAACCUCAAGCACAUCACCUGCCCCACAAGAAGUUUCAGCACGCCUCCUCGACUCCCCAGUUCCCACGCGACGAUCGACCGUCCGCCAGAGCAUCUCAAGCCUGAACGCUGUAGAUCAAAGUACCGACCCAACAGACCCACAGCGCCGCCGCUCAAGUGCAGGUGUCCCGAGUACACCGGAGCGCAAGCCUACAUUCAAGCCCGCUGGACCUGCGCCGAAGCAGAAGAAGGAGAAAGUCAUGCACGCCGGACCAUCGAGAGUGUCUACUCUCCCCAAACCAGUCCCAGCAAUUGCCAAGGAUAAAGACGACAACACCCCAGCUGGAGGUAGCACCGGGACCGUCAAUCCAAACCCUAGAUAUCCAGCCGGCGGCGUCUCCACGCGCAAAGGCAGAUUCGAAGCUCCCGGCCUUGGCGGGGCGAAUGCGAAGGCUGAUAUCAGGGCCAAGGAGAAGGGCCAGUGGAGACAGAGUGGUUUGGAGGCGAAGAAGGCGAUUCAGGGCCGGGCGGUGGGGGUUUUGGGGAUGAAGGGUAGGUUUGAGUGAGUUGGUUGGUGGUGAUGGUGGUGGUGAUUGUGAUGGGUGGAAAGGAGAAUGGAAGUGAGCCCCUGAGAUGUGUUGUUAGUCUGUUUUGUCGUCGUCGUUCUGUUUGCCCCCUUUUGAUCGCUCGAGAAAUCCUAGAUCCUAGAUGAUGAUGGAGAUGGAGAGAAGUAGAAGAAGAAGGAGACGCGAAGCACCACCUAGAUAGCGUUUGUCUUUCUAGCUUCAUUAAAAUGAGACUUUUCGAUCGAUAUGCU